UGCUUACUGUUGACUUCAAAUUGAUUUUCUCAUUACUGGCAACAUGAAGGUCCUGGCUGUGACUCUAUUGGCUCUGGUAGCGGUCUCCUCUGCGAGGCACAUCGACUUCGAAGAUGUGAUUGAUCUAGAGGAAAUCACUGCUUACGGUUACCACACCAAGGUUGGUGGUCCAUUGGCCGAGAAGAUCCGCAUCGCUGAAGAGGAAGCUGCUCGCGAUCCAUCCAGGAUUGUUGGUGGUUCCACUGCUAGUCUCGGUCAAUUCCCAUACCAGGCUGGUCUUAUUGCUGCUAUGCCCGCAUGGAAUGGUGUGUGCGGUGGUUCGUUGCUGAACAACAGGAGAGUACUUACCGCUGCUCACUGCUGGUUUGACGGACAAAACCAGGCUAGGAGCUUCACCGUAGUACUUGGUUCAGUUCAACUCUACAGUGGCGGCACUAGGAUGACAACUAGCAGCGUUGUCAUGCACGGAAGCUGGAUGCCCAGCCUUGUUCGUAACGACAUCGCUAUGAUCACCUUGCCUUCUGCAGUAUCUACUAACAACAACCUGAACUUCAUCGCCCUGCCCUCUGGAAACGAGCUGAACAACCAAUUCGCCGGCGCGACCGCAACUGCAUCAGGCUUCGGUCUCACCAGAGACGGUGGAAGUGUGAGCGGAGCUCUCAGCCACGUCAACUUACCUGUGAUCACCAACGCUGUAUGCCGCAACACCUUCCCUGUCUUGGUUCAAGCUUCGAACGUUUGUACCAGCGGCGCUGGUGGCAGGAGCACAUGCCAGGGUGACUCCGGUGGUCCUCUUGUUGUAACCAGCGGCGGCAGACGUAUUUUGAUUGGUGUGACUUCCUUCGGACACGUUGAUGGCUGCCAGCGUGGACACCCCGCAGUCUUCGCCCGAGUCACAUCUUACAUCAGCUGGAUCAACCAACAAUCCAGAUUUCAGCAUUAUUUGCUAAUUACUGUCAACAUGACGUUCUGGGCUGUGACUCUACUGGCUCUGGUAGCACUGACCUCUGCAAGACAAAUUGACCUUGAAGAUGUGAUCAAUCUAGAAGAGAUCACUGCAUAUGGCUACCACACUAAAGUUGGUGGUCCGUUGGCCGAGAAGAUCCGGAAAGCUGAGGAAGAAGCUGCUGCUGAAACGGGGCCCUUUCCUGCCAGUCUUGGUCAAUUUCCUUAUCAGGCUAUUCUUUUCAUUGACCUAAAUGGAUGGAGAUAUAGUGUUUGUGGCGGCGCUUUGCUCAACUCAAGAAGUGUACUUACCGCUGCUCACUGCUGGUUUGAUGGACAUAUGCAGGCCAGCAACAUCACAGUUGUUCUCGGUACAAUUGAUUUGCUCAGCGGCGGCACCAGGAUUGUUACUGAAAGCGUUGUCACGCACAGUGGCUGGAAUCCUUACCUCGUUCGUAAUGACAUCGCUAUCGUUAACUUGCCUUCUGUAGUAGCUGUAUCAGAUACUAUAAAUUUCAUCGCGCUGCCGGCGGGUAGUGAUCUCCAGAACUCAUUCGCCGAUGCUAUCGCUACUGUAACUGGCUACGGUCGCACUGUAAGCGGUUCAGGAGUGCUUCACGGAACUCUUCACUACGCCAAACUCCCGGUGAUUACAAAUGUUGAGUGCCAAAAUAGUUUCCCUGGUUGGGUGCAGCCUUCAAACAUUUGUAUCAGCGGUGCUUUUGGUGCAAGCGUUUGCACUGGUGACUCUGGUGGUCCACUUGUCGUCGAUAGCAACAACAGGCGUAUCUUGAUGGGUGUGCUUUCCUUCGGACAUGCUCAGGGUUGUCAAUCGGGUCAUCCAGUAAGCUACACCAGAGUGACUUCAUACAUAACCUGGAUUUUGUCUAAUCUUUAAAUUAAGAUAAAAUAAUCUUUAAUUUUUUGGCCUUGAACAUGCCAGUAACUUUUCUAUGGUUCAAUAAUAAAAGUGUAAUCAAUGUA